AUGAGCAGCACCGAUAUUCCCAAGACACAGAAAGCAAUUCAGGUCGACAAGGUGGGCGGACCAGAGGUCAACAUCCUCAGAGACAUUCCAGUCCCGACUCCCAAGGCGGAUGAAGUCUUGAUCAAGGUCCAGUGGACCGGCGUUAACUACGUUGACAUCUACCAGCGAAGCGGCGUCUACGACCGCGAGAAGCCCUAUACUGCCGGCUUUGACGUCGUCGGCACCCUCCUUACCUCUCCUUCCGGCUCCCCCGGCUUCAACAUUCCCGUUGGAUCCACCGUCUUCUCACCCUCCGGCUCCGCCUGGGCCGAGUACAUCGCCGUACCCGCCUCACGUGUCGCUCUCCUCCCCAAAGGCAUAGACAAGCGGGACGGUGUCUCCCUCAACGUUGUCGGUCUGACGGCAUUGGCAUUGGUGAGAGAGCCUUAUGCGGUCAAGAAGGGUGAUUGGGUGUUGGUACGAGCUGCGGCAGGAGGUGUGGGCUUGAUCUUGACGCAGAUUGUAAAGUACCUUGGUGGACACGUUAUCGGUACUGUCUCGACGCCCGAGAAGGCUGAGGUUGUCAAAGAGUAUGGUGCAGACCUCGUCCUUCUCUCCACCGACCCGGCAGAAGAGAAUGUCAAGAAGAUCCUCGAAGCUUCUGGUGGCGGUGUGCACGUAUCGUACGACGGUGUGGGUGCAUCCACUUGGGAUGAAAAUUUUGAGGUUGUGCGAAGGAAGGGAACGAUCGUGUCUUAUGGCAACGCUUCGGGUACUCCUCCGGACCUGGUAGUCAACAGGCUCAUGCCCAAGGUCCUCAAAUUGGUCCGCCCAGCUCUGUUCCCCAUGAUCGCCACUCCAGAAGAGUUUAAGCAGUACGCUGACGAGCUUGUCGAUAUCACCAAGAAGGCGCCCCUCAAGUUUGAGGUGCACAAAGAGUACCCGUUCACUGCUGAAGGCAUCAUCCAGGCGGAGAAGGAUAUUGUCGGACGGGGUACUACUGGAAAGCUUCUUAUCCACGUUUCGGACUAG